AGCUUGGGAAUUCUGUCACCAAGGGAACUGCAGAAAGGGAGGGAGUGAGGCUGUGGGGAGUCACAUGUACGGACUGGAGCUGCAAGAACAGGGGGACUUACGGGAGGGGCCGGUAGGUGUGCGGCAAAUAAGCCUACAAUUCCAUGAGCAAACGGAAGUCUAAGGAUCUCUGUCUCCCAGUAGGAGAAUGCAUCUCAAGGGUUCAUGCAAUACUAAGGCAAAGGCUUUUCCAGCAUCAUGGCAAACCGUUUGGAGUGGAUUCUCAGCACAAGCAUUUGGUUGAACUCCUGAAAAGAACCGUGGUUCAUGGUGAAAGUAACUCGGCACUGAUUAUUGGCCCUAGGGGAUCGGGGAAGAGUAUGUUGCUAAAAGGAGCUUUAGAAGAGAUUCUGGCAAUGAAGCAGGUGAAAGAGAAUGCGCUGCAAGUUCGUCUAAAUGGCCUGUUACAAACUACUGAUAAGAUUGCCCUCAAGGAAAUUACAAGGCAGCUGCAUUUAGAAAAUGUUGUUGGGGACAGAGUCUUUGGAAGUUUUGCCGAAAACUUGGCUUUCCUCCUAGAAGCAUUGAAAACAGGUGAUCGGAAAAGUAGCUGCCCGGUGCUGUUCCUUUUGGACGAGUUUGACCUAUUUGCCCACCACAAGAACCAGACUCUGCUAUAUAAUCUGUUUGACAUUGCUCAGUCGGCCCAAACGCCUGUCGCAGUUAUUGGACUUACGUGCCGACUGGAUGUUAUGGAACUUCUAGAAAAGAGAGUGAAAUCUCGAUUCUCCCAUAGACAGAUCCAUCUGCUCAAUUCCUUCAGCUUCAUCCAGUAUCUGGAAAUAUUUCAGGAGAAACUCUUUCUUCCUGCGUCUUUCCCGGACUCGCAGUUUGCAGAGAAAUGGAACGAGAGCAUUAAGAGUCUUGUGGAAAGCAAGAUGGUGGAAGAUAUUCUUCAAAAACAGUACAGUGCGAGCAAAGAUGUUCGCUCCCUCCAUAUGCUCCUGCUGCUGGCUGUCUGCCGGGUCAGUGUUUCUCACCCCCAUAUAACUGCCGCAGACUUCUUGGAAGUCUUUCGCCUCCGAAACCAGGACUCAAAAGCAAAUAUAAUGCACGGUCUGUCUGUCCUAGAGCUCUGCCUGAUCAUCGCCAUGAAGCACUUACAGGACAUUUACGACGGGGAACCUUUUAAUUUCCAGAUGGUGCACAAUGAAUUCCAGAAGUUUAUUCAGAGGAAAGCUCACUCUGUCUAUAACUUUGAAAAGCCCGUAGUAAUGAAGGCGUUUGAGCACUUGCACCAGCUGGAGCUGAUAAAGCCAAUGGAAGGGCUGUCGAUGCGCACACAGAAAGAGUACCGACUCAUGAAGCUCCUACUGGAUAACACUCAGGUUAUAGAAGCGCUGCAGAAAUACCCCAACUGCCCUACGGAUGUGAAGCAGUGGGCAAUGUCCUCUCUCAGCUGAGGUGGGGGGUCCGGGGAAAUUUUAUACUGAAAUGGUCAAUACGCAAUCUAUUUUUGUACUUUCUAAUAAAAUAUUAGCCAAACACA